CAGCGAAUCAGGCUUGGGAAGAGCAGCCUGGCAGACCGUUCGCUUUAUCUGCGCUCUGCAUCCUACACGUACGGAAGCAUCGGGUACGUUGUGUUUUAAGAGACCUACCUAUACAAUCAACGUUCACUUGAGGACGGAGAGCGUCUGAUCUGAUCAUCUGCUUCAUCCGGACAUACACCGACCGCCAUCAACACGAAUCGUAGCCACAGCCAUGUCUCUCAUCCCACCUUUCACCGAAGAAACGGCGCGCCAAAAGGUAAAGAAAGCGCAAGAUCUCUGGAAUGCCCGCGACCCCGAAGCCUGCGCCAAAGCCUACACCCCCGACUCCAUCUGGCGCAACCGCGACCACUUCUUCACCGGCACCGCCGCAAUCAAAGCCUUCCUCGACGAGAAGUGGGCCAAAGAGCACAACUACCGCCUGCGCAAGGAACUCUUCGCCUUCACCGCCGACCGCAUCGCCGUGCAGUUUUGGUACGAGUACCAAGAUGCGCACGACGGGAUGAAGUGGAAGCGAUGCUACGGGUUGGAGGACUGGACUUUUGCGCCGGAUGGGCGGAUGCGGAAGCGCCAGAUGAGUGGGAAUGAUGUGCUGAUUGAGGAGGGGGAGAGGUGGUUCCGGGAGGGGGUGGAUGUGAAUGCUGUGGAGAUUGGGGAGGAGCAUUGGUAGGGGACCAUCGACUGCGUGUGUAUGGCUGUUCUCUGGCCUCUCAUGCAGGCGGGGUAUCAUGUAUAACGACCAGCAAGAACUUCGCAUCUGUGCAGCAUCAAUUAGCCCUUGUAUCGCACGUCACCAGAUCUUCAGAACUCACCCGGCACAACGACAAUCUCAUUC